CCGGAAGUUGCGCAUCGCACCGCUGCGCCGGCCUGGCAGUCAGGGCUGAGGCCACAGAGGACUGCCCUUCCUCAAGAUGACGUCGAAGAUCGGUUCCAGACGGUGGCUGCUGCAGCUGCUCAUGCAGCUGGGCUCGGUGCUGCUCACGCGCUGCCCGUUCUGGGGCUGCUUCAGCCAGCUGAUGCUGUACGCAGAGAGGGCUGAGGCACGACGGAAGCCCGACAUCCCCGUUCCCUACUUGUACUUCGACAUGGGCGCCGCUGUGCUGUGUGCCAGCUUCAUGUCCUUUGGCGUCAAGCGGCGCUGGUUCGCGCUGGGCGCCGCGCUGCAGCUGGCCGUGAGCACCUACAUUGCCUACGUGGGCGGCCACGUCCACUACGGAGACUGGCUGAAGGUCCGCAUGUACUCGCGCACAGUGGCCAUCAUUGGCGGCUUCCUGGUGCUGGCCAGCGGCGCGGGGGAACUAUACCGCCGGAAACCCCGCAGCCGUUCUCUGCAGUCUACUGGCCAGGUGUUCCUGGGCAUCUACCUCAUCUGUGUGGCAUACUCACUGCAGCAUAGCAAGGAAGACCGCCUGGCGUAUCUGAACCAUCUCCCGGGAGGCGAGCUCAUGGUGCAGCUCUUCUUCCUGCUCUAUGGUGUCCUGGCCCUGGCCUUCCUAUCUGGCUACUACGUGACUCUGGCUGCCCAGAUCCUGGCGGUGCUGCUGCCCCCAGUCAUGCUGCUCAUUGAUGGCAAUAUUGCCUACUGGCACCAUACGCGGCGGGUGGAGUUCUGGAACCAGAUGAAGCUCCUUGGAGAGAACGUGGGCAUCUUCGGGGCUGCUGUCAUCUUGGCCACUGAUGGCUGAGUCUUACAGUGUGGGCAGCCUGCCUUCUCCUUGCUGGUCCAGCUGCUGUUGAUUAUGCUUCUCUGUCUGUUUGGUCCUUUGUGUUUUUAAUUUUUUUUUUUUUUUUUCCUUUCAUAGUGAUCAGGCAGGUCUUGUCUCUAAGUUCUUGGUUGGACCAUUGUGGGUGGGAGCGCUGACACCUCAUAGCCCUGUUCCCGUUUGUGAGGAGCAUGGAGGCUUCCAUAGGAGGGAGAGUCCCUGACAAGGGAGCAGGGUUCAGAGCUUAGGUGCAGAUCCUGAGAUGGGGUGCAGAGGAAGGGAGACAGACCUAGUUGUAUAGAUGCACAGCAGCCUCCAAAGCCUUGUGUGUUUGGGAGGCAUCUGGGCUAUGAGACUCCUGAGGAGGCAGUCACUGGUUGUGUGGUAUGGCCUGGAAGGGUUCAUCUCCCUCCCGAGCUCCCCUUCAUCUCUCCCUGCUGCUUGGCUGCGUGAGGUGAGCAACAUUUCCUCUGCUGAGCCAUCCUGCCUUGGAGCCAGCCAACUAUGGACUGAAAUGGGAGCCAAAAUAAAUUUCACUGAAGAUGUGGGUAUCUUGUAUUUUGUCCCAGGAACAAGGAAAGACAGAUUUUGGUACCAGGAGUGGGGUCUUUGCUGUGAUGCUACAUACUCAUGCAGGUCAAAAGCCUUUGGAGCUGCUUCACUGGAGAAGUCUGGAAGGUUUGGAGACACCAGCUGGAGAAGUAGCUCUGACACACUGCAAGCUGAGCUUGUUGGGAGGUUCUGGUUGGAGCUCAGAAAAUCAGAAUGCCAGUGGGCGUGGUGGUGCAUACCUGUUAUCCCAGCACUUGGGAGGCUGAGGCAGGAGGAUUGCUGUGAGCCCAAGGUCAGCCUGAGCUACACAGUGAGCCCGUCUCACAGAAACAAAAAAUUCCAACAAACAAGUGUUUUAUCAGAACGCUGAUAAAAAGGCAGACUGAAGCCCGGAUUCAGGAGGUUUCAUUUAGGGAUAGGGACUUCUCUGGCAGCUGGACUGGGAGCCAUGUUUACUGCUCUGGCAGAUCUCGUGUGCAUUUACUCCUGUCCUGAGACUGCAGACUAAGGUUAGCAGUCUAAUUUGUCAGAAGAAACCUAAAGGUGACCCAGUAUCCAGGCAGUGGCAAGGGUACAGUUGGUGACUUUCAGAUAGAUCUAUGUUAAGAAUCAAGAACAGAUGGCAUGGCUGACUGAUUUUAAGUUUUGCCUUCUGUAGAAAAGCAGCCCCUAUGAAGGUGGCACAGAGGAGACACUGGUUGCUGAAAAUACAAGCACUUAACAGCCAAAUACCUUGGAUCAGGACUGUAGGGAAAUGGCUUGAGGGUAUGGAGGGAUUAGUGAGAUCCCUCCCUUGGUGGCCUCAGGGAUGCAAGGCUGUAAGACUGAGAAAAGAGCCCCGUGGUACCAUGCCUGAGAAGAGUCACCUAGGGCAUUGACUCCCUGCAGUUCAUUUCACCACACUCAGCCAUCCAGGUAUGCAGAGGCCUCUCCAGCUGCCAGUGAAGAGGUCUGGCUGCUAUUCAAGCAGUUAACAGACCUGGGCAUUAUCCGCCCCCCACACACCCCAUUGCUGGUUUUGCAGAAUGCAAAAGCUGUAGGGUCAGGAAGGCUUCCACCCAGGCUGUGUCUGGAGCAGUUCAGUGCAAGUAUGAAGCCAGACAUGCAAUGGAGCCCCCAACAUGUCAGAAAGGCCAGGAACAUGGAUCAUCUCAGGAAAGAUGCAAGGGGUAGGUACAGUCUCCCCAGAGAAGGUUGUAGCUGUCACUGGCAGUGCCACAGGGGUGGGCUGCCCAGUCACUUGGAUCUCACAUUUCACCACAACUUGCCUGUGGUGCUGGACGUUGAGCUGUGGAGUUUAAUGUUCACUCUGCUGGGUUUCAGUCUUGCUCUGGUCCCUUUAGUUUUCUCUCUGUCUCUGUCUGUCUGUCUGUCUCUUUUAGCUAGGGUCUCGCUUUGUAACCCAGGCUGGCUUUGACUUCACAGCAAUCCUCCUGCCUCAGCCUCCCAAAUGCUGGGAUUACAGGUGUGCACCAUCUGCCCAGCUCUGCCUUUUCUUCCCUUUCAGAGUGGAUGUGUUUACCCAGUGCCUUUGUAUGUGGGCAGUGUUUAACUAGUGUUGCUUUUUCUAGGGGAUCACAACUAAGAGUUUGUCUUAAAUCUCAGAGACUUGAAACUCGGUGGGACUUGGGCAGCUCUUAUAUUGAAUGUACUGUGCAUAAGGAGAUGCACAUGAGUCCUUUGAGGGGCAGGGGUGGCACGUUAUGGCUUAUAUCCUGAUGUCUCCCAGUGCCACAUUUGUUUGGAAGGCAACUGGGGCUCAGGGGCUGAUAGCUGAGUUGCUGUUAGGAGCUGGGGUGCGGUCAGAAGAUGUGGUCAGCUGGGAUGUGACCUGGAAGACUAUCUGCCCCCUCCCUUCGCCUCCACCCUCUGUCCACCCUCCCUUCACCUCCACCCUCUGCCCUGCUAUCCUGCCCUGGAACUGGACUGAAAUGUGACCAACACAGAGUGCUUUUUAACUUGCACGGGUGGCAGUUUUGUCUCAGCAGGGAGAAAGUGGCAGAUCCCUAAGUAAGUGUGGAAAAAUCCCCAUUCACACCAGUGUUUCUUUGUUUCAGUGCUAGCAUCUCCAGCCCCUUCUGUUUCUUAAGACAAGGUCUUGCUGAGCAGCUCAAGUUGUACUUAAACUUGCCAUCCUCUUGCGUCAGCCUGAGGAGCUGGGAUUCCCAGUGUGCAGCACCAUGCCUUGCUGUGUGUGUUGAUCUGUGGAUCAGGGCCUCAGAACCCAGGGAUGGGCACCAUGGAAGCCAGGAGGCUCCUCAGCCUGUGCCGUGCAGCAGCUGCGGUCUCAGAGUGGCCUGCGGCCCCUCUGCUGCCAGCUGCGGAGGCCUCCUAAAUGCAGACCACACAGCCUCCAGAAACAAACCUUUCAGGGACAUACAUGUGGCCUGGCUUCUGCAUUCCUCAUGGGCACUGUGCCCUCUGUGGUGCAGUUGAUGGGGUCUUUGGUCCCUGUUUUCUGAGAUGAGUCUUACAGUGUCGUUGGUUUAUGUCUAUGCCCCCAGUCCUCAUGCGUUUGCAUUGUGCACUUGUGAUUGGUUCAUUGUCUAGUUCAUUGUCUAGUGCUUGGAUUGAUGGUGUCAGUGCUACACCCACAUAGGGGUGGAGCCAGGAUGUAAUAUAAUGGCAGGAAGAAGAUGUUUCUUGCUCUUUUGCUGGUUUCUGCCUUGCUGUUUGCAGCCGCUGUGAACUAAGGCUUUGCCAUGCCACCCUGCCUUGGAACCAACUGAGUAUGGACUGAAACCUCCAAAAACUGUAAGAAAUAAACCUUUUCUUCCCCAA